AUGGACCGUUGUUUGGAGUUUCCCAUCGCUCUACUGGCGACGCACAAGACGGGGGCCUCCACGAUUCCAAUGGAUGCCUCCUUUCCUGCCACUCGUCUGGCGUUCAUGCUGUCGGAUGCAGGUGCCCACGCCAUCCUUUCCACCAAUAGACAUUGCGACAUGGCAAAGACUUUGGACGCAUCCAUCGACGUCGUUUCCAUUGAAUCGGCUACGUUAGCCAAACAUGCACAUCCAUUUACUCCUCUGCAAACGGCUACCAGACACGACGAAGCGUAUGUCGUGUAUACAUCUGGCUCCACCGGCCACCCCAAAGGUGUACCUGUAAAACACGUUGGAAUUGUGAAUUCAGCGACAUACCGCUCGUCCGACCUUGGCAUCGUCCGAGGAGCUCGCGUGAUGCAGUUUAUGGCCAUCGGGUUUGAUGUGUGCCAAUGGGAAAUUUGGAGCACUCUGUCGCAAGGUGCCACGCUGGUACUUCGAGGUGGCGACGAGAUCGACAUGCUUUCGACAGUAAACGUUAUAGCCAUUACUCCCACCGGCCUUUCCAAGCUUGGCUGUCCGACAAAGUACCCGAAUCUGAAAACGGUUUGUGUCGGUGGUGAAGCCAUUCCAACUUCGGUGAAAGACCUCUGGAGCCAGCAUGUUCAACUCUUCAACUGCUAUGGCCCAACCGAAGGCUCUUGUACCACGCACGUACAUCAGUUGUUGCCUGGCAAACCAGUAACUAUCGGUACACCAAUUUCAAACGUCCACUGCUACAUCCUCGACGACAACCAUCAAAACGUACCGAUCGGAACUCUGGGUGAAAUGUACUUGGGUGGUAUCUGUGUGGCAUCUGGCUACAUCAACUUGCCGGAAAUGACGGAAGAGCGAUUCUUGGUGGACCCCUUUGGCCAUGGCCGAAUGUACAAGACAGGGGAUCUGGGUCGUCUGCUGCCCAAUGGCCAAUUCGAAAUCGCUGGCAGACAAGACAGUCAGGUCAAGUUGAAGGGCUACCGCAUCGAGUUGGACGAAGUGGCCAAUGCCAUGAUGCAGCACCCAUCGAUCAAGUCGGCCGCUGCCAUUGUCAAGGACAAGACGCACCUCGUGGGGUACUUCACGCCUGCACAUGUCAACGUGGACGCGUUGAGACAGUGUGUGGCGGACCAGUUGCCAGUGUACAUGGUGCCAGCCGUGUGGGUUGGCUUGGACGACAUGCCCCAGAAUUCCAACGGAAAGAUCGACGUGAAAGUUCUGCAGUCCAUGGACGUGAGCGUCGACGUCGAAACGUUGGAGACAGACGUGGAGCUCAAAAUGGCCACAGUGUGGGCCAACGUGCUUGGCGUGAACGUGUCUGAGAUCGGUCGCCAGUCGUCCUUCUUCGCGUUGGGAGGCGACUCGCUCUCUGUUGUGAAAGUUGUUCGUGCUUGUCGCGACAUCGGACUUCGAAUUUCGGUUGGCCAGUUGGUGAAAUCCGGGACAUUGCAACGCUCAGCGUCGAUUGCUAAAUUGAUUUGUGCUCCGACAGAAGAAGCACAGAACCCCACAAAGUCGAACUCCAAGGAAGGCAGCAUCGAUCGUGUCGAAACAAAUCCUCACCAAAAUAUGUACGACAUGAAGCAGCCCACCAGCAAAGUAGCCUGCAAGUCCCACUUGGUACUUGGAAUGGAUACAAGUGUAAUUGCACCUGCGUUCUAAUACUACAAUCAGAUUUCCACGAUGCCUUGUAACUUCCCUUGUGGUUAACAAUAAUACUACUUUUGCGUCC